AUUUUAUUCCUCAGUUUUUGUGCACAUAUUCUUCAAAACUAAAGAGCUUAAUUAAGAUUACUAAAACUACUGAUGAUGAGUCAUUUUAGGAUUGAAUCCAAUUUGUGAGCUUUAACAAGUCCCGGAGUUGAGUUUAUUUUUAUACAGUUAUAUUUGAUUACAUUACCUAAACUACGUUGUCUUCCUUACAGUUGGAGAGGUGCAUGAGAGCACUAGUUUUUUUAGCCAAAUUCAAAUAUUUCUUGUUUUAUUUCUAUUUUCUAAUAGGGCCAGUUAAAUACCAGGAAUGUCCGGAAUAGAAAAAAACUACGAAAUCAAAGUUCAACCUACAGCUGCCGGUUCCAUUUGAAUUUGAAUAAACAUAAACCGAUGUUGUUGUUUUUGUGUUUUAGAACAUUAAAUUCCACACGAUCCUCACGGAUGAUAAGAAAUGGCGUAUGUGUUUGGACUUUUCAGUAAGAACAGAAAAUAACUACAAGUUUGAGGGUAGAAGCUGUUUUCAAAAAUUAUUAAACAUAUUACCUUGCGUUGAAUUUAGAGUUUAAACUUUCUUCAAUAUCUCAACAGAGUAUAUAAGUUGAUGUGGAAUCAAAAACUUUAACUUCUUCAAUAUCUCAACAGAGUAUAUAAGUUGAUGUGGAAUCAAAGACCUUUACUUCUUCAAUACCUCAACAGAGUAUAUAAGUUAACGUGGAAUCAAAAACUUUAACUUCUUCAAUAUCUCAACAGAGUAUAUAAGUUGAAGUGGAAUCAAAGACCUUAACUUCUUCAAUAUCUCAUCAGAGUAUAUAAGUUGAUGUGGAAUCAAAAACUUUAACUUCUUCAAUAUCUCAACAGAGUAUAUAAGUUGAUGUGGAAUCAAAGACCUUAACUUCUUCAAUAUCUCAACAGAGUAUAUAAGUUGAUGUGGAAUCAAAGACCUUAACUUCUUCAAUAUCUCAACAGAGUAUAUAAGUUGACGUGGAAUCAAAGACCUUAAGUUCUUCAAUAUCUCAACAGAGUAUAUAAGUUGAUGUGGAAUCAAAAACUUUAACUUCUUCAAUAUCUCAACAGAGUAUAUAAGUUGACGUGAAAUCAAAAAAUUUAACUUAUUCAAUAUCUCAACAGAGUAUAUAAGUUGACGUGGAAUCAAAGACCUUAACUUCUUCAAUAUCUCAACAGAGUAUAUAAGUUGACGUGGAAUCAAAGACCUUAACUUCUUCAAUAUUUCAACAGAGUAUAUAAGUUGACGUGGAAUCAAAACCCUUAAGUUCUUCAAUAUUUCAACAGAGUAUAUAAGUUGACGUGGAAUCAAAGACUUUAACUUCUUCUAUAUCUCAACAGAGUAUAUUGUUUUGUUUGUUUGGAAUUAAGAACAAAGCUACACAAUGGGCUAUCUGUGCUCUGCCCACCACGGGUAUCGAAACCCGGUUUCUAGCGUUGUAAGUCCGCAGACAUACCGAUGUGCCACUGGGGGGCAGCAGAGUAUAUAAGUUGACGUGGAAUCAAAACCUUAACUUCGUCCAUAUCUCAACAGAGUAUAUAAGUUGACGUGGAAUCAAAGACCUUAACUUCUUCAUUGUCUCAACAGAGCAUACAAAUUGGAAUCAAAAACCUUAAGUUAUUUCAUGAUCUUAACAGAGCAUACAAGUUAGUUUGGUAUAAAAACAAAGGUUCGUCACGAUAUCAAUAUAGCCGUACACGUUAACGUGUAAUAAAAAAACAUGGGUUUAUCAUAAUCUCAACGAACCAUAAGUUGACAUAAUAUCUAAAAGCUUGGAUUCUUCGUCAUCUCAACAAAGUAUACAACCUGAAGUAAUAAUUAAAGGCUUAGGUUCUUCAAUAUCUGAACAGAGCUUACAAGUUUAGGUGUUAUUUAUAAGCAUAAGGUCUGUGAAUCUAAAGAGAACAAAAACUAAGUUAGAAUUUAAAAUUUCAUUCUCCUAUGAUCUUCAGGAACAGCACCCUAAUGCUUGUUGUAGAACUUUCAUUUAAUAUUUCUCAUUGAGAAAACAAGCAGAUGUUGAUUUUAACUAUAAAAAUUUAACUUCAGAUGGCGACUCUCAGUUGGAAGAUUGUUGAAAGAAUGAACCCAGCUGUUCAAUCUAAGGUACUGAUGUAUUCUACAGCUUCUACACUUCUUGAGUCUUACAAUGUUACGGAGCCUUGGAACAACAACGUAUCUUCAUUGAUAAAUAACAGUGACUCUAGAGACCUACCUGAAUCACAAUACUCGCUACCCGAAGUCAUUUUGAUAGCACUAGUCGCAGGAUUGCUAAGCCUUGGUACUGUUGUAGGGAAUGUGAUGGUUAUGAUUUCAUUCAAACUCGAUAAACAGUUACAAACCAUCAGUAACUACUUUCUGUUAAGCCUAGCAGUCGCUGAUGUCUCUAUAGGCCUCAUUUCCAUGCCCUUGUUCACAGUAUUUACGUUAUUGGGAUACUGGCCGCUGGGAACGAUGAUCUGUGACACGUGGCUUGCUCUGGACUACCUCAACAGUAAUGCUUCUGUGCUGAAUUUAUUGAUUAUUAGUUUCGAUCGUUACUUUUCAGUCACUCGACCACUGACCUAUCGGGCUAAGCGAACCACUAAACGUGCAGCCUUCAUGAUUACAAGUGCUUGGGUUAUAUCCCUUGUCUUGUGGCCACCCUGGAUCUACGCUUGGCCGUAUAUUGAGGGCCAACGAAAAGUAAAAGCACACGAGUGUCACAUUCAGUUCCUGGAGACGAACUCCUACGUUACUUUUGGAACAGCAAUCGCAGCAUUCUAUUUGCCCGUGACAGUGAUGUGUAUUCUUUAUUGGAGGAUCUGGCAGGAGACAGAACAACGGAAGAAAGACCUUACCCAUCUCCAGGCUGAGAAAAGAAGAGACAGUAAAAAGUCAUCAUCCAGCGAAGAUCCGGCAGAAAACGAAGAAUAUCUCAGAGUAAGAACCGGUUCUUGUGUUCCAGAUGAAACUCGGGAAACCGGUUCUUGUGUACCAGAUGACACUCGGGAAACCACUUACGUUCCAACUUCUCUUUGUGUAGAGCACAGCCAGCCGUCUCGAAUACAGAAAUGUCGUUCCAGAAUCCUGAAGCAAGCUCUCGUAUCUUGGUGUCAGGUGGACAGAGAGCAGGAUGGUCCAGAUGACGACAGUACUAGCCAUGGAUCGCCUGGAAUUGUUACCUCCGGCUCUACUGAAACUCACAUCCAACCAUCUUCUAGAACCACCUCUAUGACAUUCCGGUCAGACCGCCGCAUGGACUCUGGAAUCCCUCUUAUAGCAAGAAAUGGACCUCGGAAUUUGGACAUGCUGACAGCCCAUUCUGUACCAUCCUCUACCUCACGAUCUUUUUCUUCCGAUUCGGUCUACACCAUUUUGAUCCGUUUACCAACAUACCCGUCUGUUGGCGAUGGAGAAUCACAAGCUUCCAUAAAAAUGAUUUUGGAGGAAGAAAGUCUCCAAGCAGAGACAAGCCUGCAGCACGUGAGUAAUUCGGAAAGUAUGGGGACCUUAAACAGCGAGAAAGUUCCUUCUGGACACGAUCGGAUUCGUCAUUCUUCAUUAAGAACAUCAGAGUCAGCUCUCGAAGCUCUCCGACUCCCACUUAACGCAAAACUUGUUCACAAGCAAGUGGCCAAGCCUAAGAAGAAACGUAAACAGCAGGAAAGAAAGCAAGAAAAAAAGGCCGCCAAAACUCUGAGUGCAAUUUUAUUGGCAUUUAUUGUCACAUGGACACCAUACAAUGUUUUAGUACUUGUAAAAACUUUAUCUUACUGUGCAGAUGACGAGUGCAUUCCGGAGGGCUUGUGGAAUUUUGCUUAUUACCUCUGUUACAUUAACAGCACAGUGAACCCUUUGUGUUACGCUCUCUGCAAUGCCAACUUCAGGAGAACUUAUAUCAGGAUUUUAUCUUGUAAGUGGCAAAACAAAAACCGACACCUUGUAAAUCGGGGAUACUUUAACUGACAUUAGUUAAGAUGAGAUAAAUUCACAAUUGUAUAUUUGUAGCACACACUUCAGGUGCCAAACAACAUUUGUUUUUUUUUUCAAAGAAGUUAUUCCAUGCUGAUAUCUCGCUGUUGUAAUAAGAAAACAAUAAUUCAUCUUGAUGUAGACGUACUUCAAUAAAUUUGUGGUUUUUCUGUUUGUAACUGUUGUAUUGUGACUGUA